AUGGUCUUUGCACGCCGUUCAAUCUUCCGUGCUGCAAAUGCGGCUCAGUCCUUCCGUGCUGCUCCUGUUGUCCGCCAGUCUGCUCAGCUCCUCGGUCGCCGCUUUAAGUCUACUGGCGGCAGCUAUGAGCCAGGGCAUACAUCCAGUGACUUGCCUUGGUUGGCGGUCUCUGCUGCUGUAACCGUUCCAAUGGUAUUUUACCUCUGGCCUUCCAGCUCGGAAGGACACCACGACACCCACGGUCACGAAAAUAACGACGAGCACGCGGAAAAGAGCGAGGCCGAGGAGGCCGAGGAGGAUAAGCCUGCCGAGGAUUCCUCUGAGGCGGUGCCCAAGAAGGAAGAGAGGUCUGACACUGAGGAGAAGGAGCCUGAGGAGAAGAAGCAGCCUGAGGAGAAGAAGCAGCCCGAGGAGAAGAAGGAGCCCGAGGAGAAGAAGGAGCCCAAGGAGAAGAAGGAGCCCGAGGAGAAGAAGGAGCCCAAGGAGAAGAAGCAGCCUGAGGAGGAGAAGGAAGAGUCCAAGGAUGAUGACCCCAAGGAGGAAGCUUAA